GAAGGAAGGUGAGACCCGUGACCAGUUGGAUCAGCAGAUAGGACACGUCUGAUCGUGAUCACAGUUCGUGAUGUUCAGCUGACCGAAGCUGGCCUUACUGUUGUGCAGUCCAUUUCAUCAUCCUUAAUUAGCGCCCUUCCUCGAUACACCAGGCGACAAGACGAGGCCGGUCCAUUGCGUCCGAUUCAGAGUGUAGCUGGCCUGGAGAGCCGGGUCCUAAACCAGAACAAUAUUUCUUGCCGAGAAUAAGGCUGUGUCUCGGAUUGUGUGUAGCUUGUCGAUUUCUGGUGUUUCGUAUUUUCUUGCAGUGGUGGCAUCGAUCCCAUGACCAGUUCAUAUCUAUUUCUUAUCUGUGAGGUCCAUCGAGGUAACAAUGGGGGGCAUUUGUAUCAUCUGGAGGUAUGGAGCGUCCCUGGCGUUUUCGCUGAUAAGCAUCCUUCAUCCGGCGCAAUCUAGUUGUCCUGAGACCAGCAGAAACACCUUGAACUGGACCAAGCCAAUGGGAGACACCCUUUACGAAUGUGCGAAUCAGUUGAAGUCGAUUUGGUGCUGUGCUGAAGGGUAUUCUCAGAUCACUUGGAGCAGGUGGAUAUGGGGUGCAUCGACCUGGGACGAUUACCCCUGGGCCGAUACAAUCACUUACAUGGAUUCUGGGGACCAGCACCUUUACUUCAAGAAGGUGUCGUUACGUGAUCAGGGACAAUACCGAUGUGUGGUUUCUUCUAAUACUGACGAACUGCCUAUUUCACAUCAGUAUGAUCUCUUAGUUGAUGAUUGCUCAGUUUGUGGCGGCCGACCAAAAAUAGGCAAACCUACCGAAAGCCAAGAGAUCAAUUAUCAUUAUGUUGGGUCCGACUUCAGUACGAACUGUCUGGCGUCAUUCGGUCCGGCCAACUGCAGUGACCCCUUUGGUGAAUCAUUGAAUACUCUCCAAUGGUUUAAGGCAUACAACAGAACUUACUGUGCAGAUAAACAAAUCGGUCCCCAAGGAAAGAAGAGACCCUACGAUCCCAAGGUGCCUUUUAAGCUGUAUGAGGCUUUCCUGAACGUCACAAACGUAACUGAGGCUGACUUUGGCAUGUACUGUUGCAGAGCGUAUGAUGGUUUCUCGCAGGUGGACAGAAUGAUAGAACUGAAAGCUGGACCUGCUCCAAAGGCUACUACCGAUGACAGGAUCCUGGAGACGUCCGUCGAAGUGAUCGGACCCAUCGUUGGUGUCUCUGUCGUACUCCUCUUUACUCUGUGGUUCUUCCGGCUUGACAUCUUACUCUUUUGUCACACGUUCAAUGGUCACCGCUCUAUUCCUGAUGCUCAAUAUGACGUAAUGCUGAUCAACUCCGGGUCCCAGCGAGAUAGUGGUUUCGUAGAGCGGAUCCUAAUGCCUCAUCUCGAAGGGGAGUUACAGUUUGACGUAUUUCUACCAAGAAGGGACCUUGAUAUUGGCUAUAUCGAUGGGGCGUAUAUAGAUGCCCUGAGAGAUUCCAGAAAGAUCAUUAUAGUACUAACGGAGGACUUCUUAACCAAUCCACUGUGCGGCCAUAUUCACAAUUAUAUCAUCAGUGAUAACCGCAACAAGGACAUUAUCUUCAUCCAACGUGGUAACAUUCAACGUACAUUAUGGGAGGAAAAUGAAAAUAUAACAAAUAUUGAAGUCUUGCGCACAUCUGCUAAGAAUGCCAAACGGAACUUACUUUGCCUUGGCAAGUACCUGACUUGGAGGGAAAACUUUGAAAUGCAGUCCCCCCUACAGAACAAUAUAACAAUCAUCAACACCAACUUCUCGCGACAAAUCGCCAGGUUCUGGAAGCAGCUGUGUUUGCAUUUGCCACGGAGUGACGGGAGUGUCCAGAUGAGAUUUGUCCGUGACCAGCCAAGUCCAUCUCCAAAUGUGGUUUGACCAAUACAACCCGAUCUCUAAAUGGGGGCAUGGCACCCGGUAAUCAAUCAGCUUUUGGAAGAACUGAUCACUUUGAGCUGAGGUGGUCUCCCCUAGCACUAAUCUUGUAGUUUUCCCGGUAUAUCGACAUGAGCCAGGGCAAUCCCGGCUGACAGUGGACGGCCGACCACGUUUCUCCCCUUUACCGAAUGUAGAAUACAUUCUGAAAUAUUCAUGACAUAUCUGAAUAUUCCAAUCACGUCGAGCAUUUGUCUGGUUAUGUGUGAAAAGGAAUGCCAGGAUCGGGGAAUGCAUUGCUAGUAAAAUUGCAGCAUGCAGCAUCCGAUAGCUAAUCGUCCACUCACCACACUUCCCGUAUUUGGAACAUCCAGAUCACAAAGGAAGUACAUUGUAUUUCAUGGGAUGACAAAUUAACUGCCUCGGGAGUUUAGGGGAUACCUGCACCAUUGCUUUCUGUAUCAUCGAUGACCUCUGCAGCGAUCCUUUCUUAUAUGUAUACAACAUGUAUUUGCCUGAAUUUGAAUUAAACUUGUCACCAGUUUAUGUAAAAGUGUUCGUGUCAGUAUUGCAUGUGUUCUAAUAUAUAUGAUGUUAAUAAAAUGCAUUUAAAUGUUA